UCAGCAACAGCUGCCACUCAUUACUCAUCUCCUAUAUAAUGGCUUGUCUCACGUCUUGUGUUUGUGAGAUCGUUGUUUCAUGUCGUUGUGUUACCCCCGUCUGGCUUCUGUGUUAGUUUGCGUUUUGGAUGUCAGUGUUUUCCCUAGAACCUCAUCCACUCUCCGCACAAUCACUCAGCCACGGACACUUACCUUCGACUCUGUUCCCCGCAGUUCCUGUGCCACUCUCUCCUGCUGCCUCACGCCGUCAAGACCCGGACUCCUCACCUACACUACACUACCAGCUGGAUUUCUCACCUUCCACCGUCUCCCUGGAGUGUUAUCGCAUCAUCGUCUUUGUGUGUCUUUGUAUCAUUCUCAGCAUCUCAUUAAAUCCUGUUAACUCGCAUUUGUUUCCAGACUGUCUUUUCACCAGCCGUCACAGAGAGCCGUAGAUGGUUGACAGUUAGUUUUGGGCGUACUCGGCCCAGCCCAGGAACUGGUUCCAGGAGUUCUGAUGACCAUGGCAGAAGGUUUUGAGGAAUCGCCCUACCUCUUGUAUCUUUCGUUCCGUUUGAUCUUUGGAUUGAGGAUGGUAUCCAGAGGAGACGCUUACGGUCACACUUAGGAGGGAGAAAAAGACCUUCCAUACACUGGAAAUAAAUUGGGGUACACGGUCCAACACAAUGUCCUUGGAGAGGCCAAACUUGUGAAACACCCAAUUAAAGAGGAGUUCUGCUGUCUCCAAGGCUGUGGGUAAACCCUGUAGGGGAAUGAAACGGCAGAAUUUAGAAAAUCUAGUGACUAUUACCAGGAUACAAGUGUUACCAUCAGAUGGGGGCAGAUCUGUAAUGAAAUUCACUCUUAAGUGUGACCAGGGAUGGUUGGUGAUGGGUGGUGGAUGCACUUUGCUGACUGGAAGAUGACAGGGACUCUUGUAAGUAGCGCAUUCGUUACACCAUCUGACGAACCAUCUCACAUCUCCUGCCAUGUUGGGCCACAAGAAGAGUUGUGUCAGCCCCAGGGUGGGCAGUGCCUAAGGAAGUAGGCGUGGUUAGAAUGAGUGGAGUGCGUUGGGUCCGUGGAACAUACGGACGUCCGAGGGGCAGCCCGGCGGAGCACCAGGAGGAGCUUGAAUAGGUCCACUGAAUAGGGCUAGAAAUGAGUUGAGUCUUCAGGAGCAUGGAGUCGGGACAGGGCAUCAGGCAUGAUGUUACGACGGUGGGGUCUAUAGGAGAUAGUGAACUUGAAAUUUGUGAAGAGAGCCCAUCUAGCUUUGUGGGGAUUUAGGCGCUUUGCUUCUCUAAGGUAUUGUAGGUUCUUAUGAUCUGCAAGUACAGUGAACGGAUGAGCUGCGCCCUCUAGCAAGGGUCGCCACUCCUCUAAUUCUAACUUGGUAGCCAGCAGUUCCUGAUUCCCAAUGUCAUAGUUCCUCUCCGCCGGGCUGAACUUCUGGGAGAAGGCGGCGCAUGGAUGGAGUUGAGGAGGAGAGCCCUGUCGUUGGGAGAGAACUGCUGUUAGAGGCAUCCACUUCCACUACAAAUGGGAGUUCAGGGUCUGGGUGAACUAGGAGGGGAGCGGUUGUGAAGGCUUGCUUUAGGGUGGUGAAGGCCUCAGUGGCGGCUGGAGUCCAGGACAGAGACUUGGGCUUAUUGUGUAGGAGGUUGGUGAUGGGACUAGUGAUGGUACUGUAGUUCUUUAUAAAUCUAGGAAGCGUUGGAGUUCUUUGACUGUGGAGGGUUGAGGCCAGGAGGUGAUUGCUUCUAUCUUCCCCUCGUGGAUUCCUGAUUUAAAGAUUAUGUACCCCAGGAAGUGUACUGAAAAUUGGUGGAAGGAGCACUUUUCGGCUUUGAGGAAGAGUUGGAAUUGUCUGAGUUUAGAUAGGAUGGUCCUUACAUGCACGCAAUGUUCUUCCAGGCUCCAGGAGUAAAUGAGGAUGUCGUCAAUAUACACAAUGACAAAGUGGUUGAGGUACUCCCGGAGAACUGCAUGCAUGAAGUCCUGAAAGAUGGAGGGGGCGUUAAAUAGGCCAUACGGCAUGACCCUGUAUUCAUAGAGGGCAGUAGGGGACAUGGAUGCCAUCUUCCAAUCAUUUUCCUGGCAUAUGCUGAUGAGAUUGUAUGCACUGCAUAAGUCUAGUUUGGAGAAUAUGGUGGCUCCUCGUAGUUGUUCAAGUGCUGCUGGGACAAGGGGAAGAGGAUACCGGAACUUGCUGGUAAUUUAGUUAAGUGCACAAUAAUCUUUACAGGGCCGCAAGCCUCCCUCCUUCUUCACCACAAAGAAGAAACUUGAAGUGGCAGGGGAGUUGGAUGGGACAAUGUAGCCUUGUUUGAGAGCUUCCUCCACAUACUCCUCCAUGGCCUUCCGUUCUGGAAUUGAGAGAGGGUAGAUCUUUCGCACAGUCCCAGGGGCGAUGAGGAGGCAGUUGUGAGGCUUUGUGAGGGCAGAAGACAUCAUGUAAUUCUUGGUAGCAGGGGGGAAUGUUGACAGAACGUUUCUCAGGAGGACUUUCAAUGGAGGUUGUGUUCAAGGGUAAGUUUUGUUGGGGUGACUUCACUGGAGCUGGACGAUUGGGGAAACAUGAAAACAUUCACCAGCUCAUGGAAAGGGUACGGUUUGCUCAUCCUCUGUAUUGGUCCGAUCUUCUGUAACAAACGGACUCAUGGACGGAAGGUAAAAUAUCAAAAGGUUUAUUUUAAAAGCAGGUAUGUAUAUGAAUGUGAUGAGAAGCAGGUGAGAUCCGGUGAGUAGGGUUUGGAAAUCUCGGUUGGAUAUUAGCUUACUCUAUAUGGCAGGUGGGGUGACCAGAUGGAGAAUCCGUUGCACACACCUCGGGGAUAAAGCUGGAGAGGAAUACUUGGAAAGGUAAAAUCGCUGGAGGAUCGCUGGGGAGCUGGGUGAGCUGACGAGGUAAUUGUGAACAGGUGCUGCUGAUUAGUAUUCAGGUGAGGUGGUGCGUUAUGAUUGACUGGGUGGUAAGCCUGAGCGACUUGUGAUCGUGUCUCAAAAUUAAUUUGAAUGUUUAAUUAAGAUACUUUUACAAAAUAUUUCUAAGUUAAUUGUAUUUUGGUUUUAGUAUGUAUGUAUUUAUUUAAUAUCAGCUUUAUUUAUACAUUUUAUGGAUUAACUGUAUUAUAAAUGCAAUAGUGAAGCCUGUGAAACCGUGGUUUACAGUGAAUUUACAACAGCUAAGGGGGUUAUAGGCACUCCGCAUCGCAUCAUGCCUAACAACACCUAUGCCAAUUUUCAAUGUAAUUAUUUAAUAAUAUGUGAAAUGUUAUUUUAUGAUAUGCAAACAAAAGGAUAUGUGUAAAUAAUACAUUUUUGAUAAUUAAAAUCACAAUAAAAACGUAUGUCAAAUAGAUAAAUCUUUAAAUAGAUCAUUAGAUUAUCUAGGCUAAUAUCUCCUCAACUGACAUGAUUUUUGUGCUUAUGAAAGUUGGUGGUUCACCUUUUGAACUGUUUGUGGAGAAUGCCUUUUGUUGACUUGCUUUCGUGUGACAUCCAUCUUUUUUGUCCUGUUAUGCUGCAGGUGAACUGCUGGACCACAUCAGCAUUAUCAAGUCUUCAAGCUGGUCUGAAGGGGGUUUCCAGUUGGGUAUAGCUCACUUUUAAUAUCCUGUACACUGCUUUCCUCAAUGAGCAUUUAUGCAACGCCACAUACACGCUGUCAGAGUAACCUGGUAGCUUUGCCCUUUGUCUCAAAGUUGAAGUCAAAUAAGGGUUUGAGAUGAUUGCACUGCUGUUUUAAAUGAUCUGUUUUCUCAGCUUGUCCCUGUCAGGGCAGUGGAAGAUUAGUUUUGAUGUUUACCAACUGGACACGGUGGCAGAGUUUAAAAAGAGCCACCCUGGAAAGCCUUACACCCGUAUGUAUGUCUGUAUUUGAACAAUUCACUGAGAUGAGUCUGCUGACUUAUUACCUGUAUUAUGAACACACCGGAUGAGUGAUUGUCUUUUCCCUGCUGUGUUGGUUUUGUCAUUUUGCCUUAGUUAUACAGUGGCUGGAUGGUACUGACUGCUGAUUCAUGCAGGAAAAUCAUUUGAUGCUUUUGCAGUAUUUAGCAGUGGAAUGGAAUAUGCAAGUCAUUCAUCAAAAUGUUUAAUAACACGCUUUGGCCUCGUAGUAUGAUCUCUGAUGUCACAGUUUUGAUGGUCCUGUGUCUGAUCUGCAUGCCAUGAAGCAGCUGUCCUUCCAAAGAGGGGACGUCCCAGUGACUUCUGCAGUGGUGGGUUCACAGUGACAUCUCCUUUUAUUGCUUCAGGGAUUUCAAACUGCAGAUAGAUGUGUAUUAAAGGAUGAUUUCUGAAACUAAAAUUGGACUUUAAAAACAUUUGAAUCUCUGGGAUCUCUUAAAGAGAUAGUUCACCCAACACUGGAUGAUCAUUUACUCUUCUUCAUGUUGUUUCAAGAAUGUUGGUAACCAAAUAGUUUUGCUUGCCAUUGACUUCCUUUUGGAAGUGGGACAUUGUAUAAAACAUUGUAUAAAAUAUCUGAACUUUGAACAUAAUUUAAAACCAAAACAACUAAGUCAUACAAUUUUGGAAUGACACAAGGGAUGAAUAAAUGAUGACAGGAUUUUCAUUGGUUUGGGUCAAAUGCCUCUUUAUGUUGAUUUUAAUACAACACCAUUAAGAAUGUGUAACGUGCAAAUUCUGUCUAGGUUUUAUGAAGUUUUAGUUAGUUUCAACAAUAAGGCAAAGAGAAAAGUGAGACACAUUCACACUUUAUAAGGCAUGACUAGAACAUAAACCAAAUGGCAAACAGCACACCAGACAAAGCAUGUAUAUUAAUGUCAUAAGAAUGACAUCAGCUCUUUGUAUAGGUUUUUUUUUUCUCUUUUCGCUGCUCAUACUCGUUAUAAAACUAAGAACAAAAGAGGAGGUUGAACAGGGUUCUCAUUUGCACUAUAUAAAUGUGAGCCAGUGACAGUCAAUCCUGUUCAGUGCUGAAUCUCUGUCUGACCCUUUGCCAUGUGUCUAGGGUGGCUACUGUUUUAUCUUGCUUCAUUCGGGUCGGCGUCUGCAGCUGGAAACUGCAGCUACAAGGCGCUUAUCGAACAUCUCGGCUUGGGCAGUGAUGACAUUCAGAUGACAUCAAUACGGCCCGUGUUAAACUGGAAAAUCCCUACCCUUGUUUAUACAGACCUGUAUGUGACCUCCAUCACAGAAGUGAAUGAAAAAGCCCAGAGUCUCUCAACACAAGUCACAAUUGCGCAUGGUUGGUUCAGUGAGUUCACGAAUUGGAACCCAGUGGACUUUUGUGGAAUCAAAAUAUGUCCAGUUAAAAAGGAAAUGGUUUGGUCUCCGGACAUCAUCAUCACUGAAAGCAUCAAGACUGAGUUUGCAACAAAGGAGAAUCCGUAUGUCCAGUUGAUGUGUGAAGGCAUUAUUGUGGCAUCUAACACUUUUGCUGUGACCACGGCCUGCAAGAUGAACCUGCACCGAUUUCCCUUCGACAUCCAAAUCUGCACUUUUACCCUCCAGUCUCCAAUCCAUUCAAACGAGGAGCUCAUAAUCCGUCCAUUCUCUGGCGCAUCAUUCCUGACCCUCAGCUCCAAGCAGGCCUUUCAGACUCAGGGAGAAUGGGAAUUCCUCAGUAUCAACAUGUCUAACGCCAAUGUCUCUUCUCUAGGAGAACAAAAGGAUCAGCUGAUAUAUACGAUCACCAUGAAGAGGAGGCCGUUACUGUAUGUCAUUAACUUUCUAAUGCCGGUAUUUUACUUCCUUAUUCUGGAUUUGGCCUCCUUCUUCAUCGAUUCAAGUGGAGGAGAAAAGUUGGGUUUUAAAGUAACUCUGCUUCUGGCUAUUUCUGUGUUACUGCUGCUUCUUCAAGACAUGCUGCCCUCUACUGCCAGUGAUAUCCCCCUGAUUGGGGUUUAUUGUGUGGUCAUUUUCACUCUGAUUGGCAUCAGCGUUCUGGAGACCAUUCUUAUGAAUUUUCUGAUGGCUAAAGCAAAUCAGACAGAUGCAGAAAGACCAACGCAAAGCUCAUCUGCUCUUUCUGAUGCUGUGAAGGACACUAAGGGCCCUGCGGACUCAGUUACAGACCGUCACGAGGAGCAGCUGUAUGCGCUGGACGUUCUGAAGCAGAUCCUCAUGGAGUUUCAGGCUUCUGCUACUCAUCAGAACCAACUAAAGAAGAAAUCCCUGAGCUGGACCAGAGUGGUAUCAAUAAUCAAUCUGAUCUUCUUCUUUCUGUAUGUAACCACAGUUAUUGUGUUUCUGAUAACGCUGUCUGAGGCUUGGUUCAUGUGAGUAAAUGUCCACUUAUGGACCUCUACGUGAGAUGGAAAGGCUUCUUCUGCACGACUAGAUUAUGAUUAGAAAUAGCCAUUGUUGGUUUUCUAUUGUAAUUUAUGCACAUUAUACUAUAUAAGGCUGUGAUUUGAUAUAAUUAUGAAUUGAAAUCCAUUACUAAUUAAAAACCACAUGAUAGAAAUUGUAGCAAUAUAUUUUGAGAAUUAACACAUUUUUGUUAACUUUAUCUGUCUAAUUGGAUUAUAUUUUAUAUUACACGUGACUUGUCUUUCUUUAGCUUCUUUAGACAUUGGUUGCAUUUUUAAGUGCAUUUAACAUAAGUGUCAUCCAGUUGUCAAACUUAAGUACUGUAAAAGUUGUAACACUAAUACACUAACUUCUCAUCACAGAGUAGAAAUAAAAUAUAAAUACAUAAAA